AUGGGGGAGUGGGCCUUCCUCAGCUCGCUGCUGGACGCCGUGCAGCUGCAGUCGCCGCUGGUGGGCCGCCUGUGGCUGGUGGUCAUGCUCAUCUUCCGCAUCCUGGUGCUGGCCACGGUGGGCGGCGCGGUGUUCGAGGACGAGCAGGAGGAGUUCGUGUGCAACACGCUGCAGCCGGGCUGCCGCCAGACGUGCUACGACCGCGCCUUCCCCGUCUCGCACUACCGCUUCUGGCUCUUCCACAUCCUGCUGCUGUCGGCGCCGCCCGUGCUCUUCGUCAUCUACUCCAUGCACCAGGCCAGCAAGGAGCCGGGCGCCGGCGCGGGGGCCGAGGAGGGCAAGCCCGGCGCCCGGGGGCCCUCCGACGGCGCCCGGCCCGCGCCGCCCGCCCUGCGCGCCCGCCGCGCGCGCCGCUGCUACCUGCUGAGCGUGGCGCUGCGCCUGCUGGCCGAGCUGGCCUUCCUGGCGGGCCAGGCGCUGCUCUACGGCUUCCGCGUGGCCCCGCACUUCGCGUGCGCCGGCGCGCCCUGCCCGCACACCGUGGACUGCUUCGUGAGCCGGCCCACCGAGAAGACGGUCUUCGUGGUCUUCUACUUCGCCGUGGGGCUGCUGUCCGCGCUGCUCAGCGUGGCCGAGCUGGGCCACCUGCUCUGGAAGGGCCGCCCGCGCCGCGCCGCCCAGCGCGACCCCCGCGGGGACCGGUCGCGCGAGGAGGAGGCGCAGGAGCUGCUCCCGCCGCCGCCGCCGCCGCCGCCGCCGCCCGCGCCCCCGGCCCCGCGCCGCGCCGCGCCCGCCGCCUGCGCGCCGCCCGCCUAUGCGCACCGCGCGCCCGCCGCCGGCGACAGCGAGGGCAGCGGCCGCAGCAAGGCGUCGCUGGCCACGGUCCGCCGGGACCUGACCAUCUAG